AGUCCUACCAUCCCUCCCCCGAAGCCGACGGUAGACGUGGUGGUAGUACGCACAAUGGCAAGACCCACUUCACGCGCAUACCUCCACUUUGCUCAGGCACCGCACGCCGUCGUCGUGCCAACGAGCCCGACCACCGUUGGCGCGAGCGAGGACUUCGACGAGUCGGACAUCUGGGGCGCGUUCGCGCCAGCGGACCUGCCGCAGGGGGGCCCAUUUCUUUCCACGCGGAAGGCAUCGCCGGCGAAGCCGGCGCCGGCGCCGGCGCCGAACGGCAGGGCCGCGCACGGGUCGCUGCCGAUGAAGAUCCCGGACUGGUCCAAGAUCCUGGGCAGCGAGUACCGCCCUAGCUACCGCUACGGUGGCGGCGUCAGGGACUGGUGGGAGCUCGACGAGGAGGAGGACUCCGUGGACUGGUUGCCGCCCCACGAGCUGGCGGGGCGCCGCCGCGCCGCGUCGAUGUCGCUGAUGAAUGGGGUCGUCGGCAGGACGCUCAAGGUUCGGGACGCGGUGUGGAAGCACACCACCGGGUUCCAGGACUGAUGACUGGAGAGUGGAGACUACUUGGAUGGCGGACGUCAUUUUGCACUCCUAGGUCCUAGCUGUGUGCUUCGCUUUGACUGAGGGAUUUAGCUUUCGAUGAUCGGGACUAGCUGGCUAUUUAAUUUCUUGCUUCAGGUAGUGAGUGGUGCAGGUAGUUGAUGGAUGUUGUCUUUUAGUGAGUUUGUGUUUGUUUUAGUCACCCCCUUUUGCUAUGGGGUAAUUCAAGUUUAGUUGUGUUUCUCGCAUCCGUAAGCCUUUGGCAUUGCAUUGAUGAGAUGAGGAGGUCUAGG